UGAGAAGGUAAAGCAGUGAAUCUUUCUUUCGAGGUUCUUUACUCUCGCUCUCCGCCUCAGAUCUCGGAGAGGCAGACUCGGUGAGAUCUUUGCUCUGCAAAGCGAAGAGAUUGCAUCGAUGGUGCGGGAAAUGGAAUGGGCGGCGUGAGGAGCGGCGGGGAGAGGACUGGAGCAGAGAUAUGGCGCCGGGGAUCGUGCCCGCCGGGAGCUGGAUUAAAGCGUACAGUGGAAUGUCGGUUGAUAAUGUGAAGGGGCUGGUGCUUGCACUGUCCUCAAGUUUCUUUAUUGGCGCAAGCUUUAUUGUUAAGAAAAAGGGGCUGAAGAAGGCCGGGGCAUCCGGAGUUCGGGCAGGUGUUGGUGGCUAUUCUUACUUAUUUGAGCCACUUUGGUGGGUAGGAAUGAUUACAAUGAUCGUUGGAGAAAUAGCAAACUUUGCUGCUUAUGCAUUUGCCCCAGCUAUUCUGGUUACUCCACUUGGUGCACUUAGCAUUAUUAUCAGUGCUGUUCUAGCUCACAUUAUUUUGCGGGAGAAGCUUCACGUAUUUGGUAUUCUUGGCUGUGCACUUUGUGUUGUGGGGUCAACUACAAUUGUUCUUCAUGCACCACAGGAGCGUAUGAUCGAAUCUGUGAAGGAAGUGUGGGAUUUGGCUACUGAGCCAGCUUUUCUAGUUUAUGCAGUUAUAGUCAUUGCAGCAGUACUUGUACUUAUAUUAUAUUUCGUGCCUCAGUAUGGGCACACGCAUAUAAUGGUGAACAUUGGAGUUUGUUCUCUUGUAGGUUCGUUGUCGGUAAUGAGCGUGAAAGCUCUUGGAAUUGCCUUAAAGUUGACACUUUCUGGGAUGAAUCAAUUAGUAUAUCCCCAAACAUGGACUUUUACUAUGGUUGUUGGCAUAUGCGUGAUCACCCAAAUGAACUAUUUAAAUAAGGCACUUGAUACAUUUAAUACGGCCGUGGUUUCACCAAUAUAUUAUGUGAUGUUCACAUCAUUCACUAUUCUGGCUAGUGUGAUCAUGUUCAAGGACUGGGAUAGGCAAAACCCAACCCAGAUUGUAACAGAGAUGUGUGGAUUUGUGACAAUCCUCUCUGGUACAUUUCUUCUUCACAAAACUAAGGAUAUGUCUGAUGGUAUUGCAUCAUCCUUGCCUCUACGCCUUCCUAAACAUGUAGACGAGGAUUCAUUUGCCUCAGAAGGAAUUCCUCUCACACGCCAGAACCAUUGAUGAUAUACGAAGUUUUUUUUUGUUGGUAAUUACUUCUGAUAAAGCUUACCCAGGCUGCACAUCUCUUCAAUCCUGAUUGAAUGAAUACUGGGACAUUCUUUUUAUCAGAGAUGGAGAGGGAAAAUGAGUUCUUUGGCUCUUCAAAGAUCAGUGAAUUUGUGGAUCAUAUUGGAAAUCCUUGUUAUCUCUCUUUGAUAGGCAUUAGGCUCCACACUGAUUUGAAUAUGCUCAAGCCAAUAAAUCAUGAACAAAAUGGAUUAUGCAGUGCCAUUGUAUCUAUCUCGGAAAUAUUCAUAAAAUAAAUCAUUCUUUGUGUUUUUUUUUGGCUUUA